GAGGGCGGGGGCAGGCGUUAACAAAAAAGAAAAAAAGGAAGGGGAAUUUUCACACGCUAAUGCUUUUACCUCAAACACGGAUGUAUGGAUGCUGCCAGCCGUCAAGUUAUCUCCCCCAGUUCAGUGGCUGAGCGACGCCGCUGAGUGCAAAGUGCCAUUGUCAAGCUCCUGCCGGCUGACUGUGACGCUCUCGUCUGCCUGCCUGAGUCCGUAUACUUGAGGAACGAUGACUGAUCUGAGGAUAGCUAAGAAUGCCUUGCUGGACGGGCUGCUCACUCGUCCUCCCACCAAGCCUUUUCUCAAGAGGCGGUGCCACAGUGAUACCUCGGACCUGUUUGCCAUGAUCGAAAGGAUGCAGGGUUACAGGAUGGACGAGCAGAGAUGCCCCCUGCCUCCCCCCCUCAAAACAGAAGAGGACUACAUCCCUUACCCCAGCGUUCACGAGGUUCUCGGUCGCACAAGCCCGUUCCCACUCAUCCUGCUGCCCCAGUUUGGAGGUUACUGGAUCGAAGGGAACAAUCAUGAGCUCAAAGAGGCACCGGAGGCCGACCAGCCGCCCUGUCCGGCCUCCCUCGUCAAGCUGGAGACAAACAGCAGCGCCAAGAUCUACAGGAAGCAAUUCAUGGGCAAGGAACACUUUAAUUAUUACACCAUGGAUGCAGCCCUGGGCCACUUGGUCUUUUCCAUGAAGUACGAUGUCAUUGGGGAUCAGGAGCAUCUGCGCUUGAUGCUUCGCACAAAGCUAAAAACUCACCAUGACGUCAUUCCCAUCUCCUGCCUCACCGAGUUCCCCAAUGUGGUUCAGAUGGCCAAGCUGGUUUGCGAAGAGGUGAACGUGGACCGGUUUUAUCCCGUCCUCUACCCAAAGGCCUCGAGGCUCAUCGUCACCUUUGACGAGCACGUGAUCAGCAACAACUUCAAGUUCGGGGUUAUUUAUCAAAAGUUCGGCCAGACAUCGGAGGAGGAGCUGUUUGGGAACAUGGAAGAAAGUCCUUCUUUUGUCGAGUUCUUGGAGUUUCUGGGCCACAAGAUUGAGCUGCAUGACUUUAAAGGGUUUCGAGGCGGGCUGGACGUCGCUCACGGGCAGACCGGCACAGAAUCGGUCUACACGAGUUUCCACAAUAAGGAGAUUAUGUUCCAUGUGUCAACCAAGCUUCCUUACACAGAGGGAGACUCGCAGCAGCUGCAGAGGAAGAGGCACAUAGGCAACGACAUCGUGGCCAUCGUGUUCCAGGAGGAGAACACGCCCUUCGUCCCAGACAUGAUCCAAUCCAACUUCCUGCACGCGUACGUGGUGGUGCAGGUGGAGAACGCGCGUACAGACAACGUCACCUACAAGGUGUCCGUGACAGCCCGAGACGACGUACCUUUCUUCGGGCCUGCUCUGCCUGACCCCGCCGUAUUCAUGAAGGGCCCGGAGUUCCGCGAGUUCCUCUUCACGAAGCUGAUCAACGCAGAGUACGCCUGCUACAAGGCCGAGAAGUUUGCCAAGCUCGAGGAGCGCACGCGCUCGGCCCUGCUGGAGACCCUGUACGAGGAGCUGCACGCCAACAGCCAGUCCAUGAUGGGCCUGGGCGGAGACGAGGACAAGCUGGAGAACGGUGCCGGCGCGGGGGGGGGAGGCUUCUUCGAAUCCUUCAAGCGGGUCAUCCGCAGCAGAAGCCAGUCUAUGGACGCCAUGGGCCUCAGUAACAAGAAGUCACACACAGUCUCCACUAGUCACAGUGGCAGCUUUACCCACAAUCCCGCAGAGAGCCCCAAAACCCCGGGGAUUUCGUUGCUCGUUCCAGGGAAAAGUCCCAGUAAAUAUGGACGGCGAGGCAGUGCCAUAGGGAUAGGAACAAUAGAAGAGUCAUUGAUCAUUCCUGGGAAAAGCCCAACGAGGAAAAAGUCCGGACCGUUCAGCUCCCGUCGCAGCAGUGCCAUUGGCAUCGAGAACAUCCAGGAGGUCCAAGAGAGGAGCCGAGAGGUGUCACCCUGCACCAUGAGGGCGCUGGAGGUAACCCACUUUAUGCUGGAAAACAAAUCGGACUCGUCCAAUCACAGCUCUCCAGAAUUCCCUCCUACUAAGAACAGUUUGGCCAUGUGUUGCAGGGCGCCGUCCAUCCCCGAGGCUCAGGACCUGUCCCGCUCCUCCUCCAACGCCAGCAGCUUCGCCAGCGUGGUCGAGGAGCACGAGAACGACGGCGAGGAGGAGUACGACACCGGACUGGAAAGUGCGUCGUGUGUCACGCCGCUCAAGGGCGAGUCCUUCGUGUACGACGACAACGCGGGCGGUGCCGGCCAGGGAGGUUUUUCUGCGUCUCGUCCUCAGCAGCAACCGGAGGGAGUGAAGACGCCGGAGCCAAAAGGGACAGACGGCCGGCCCUCGCAGGACCACAAGUCCUCAUCGAACUGUUAGCCGCCGUCCUCUGACCCCGGCAUCGACAUCCAUUUUCAGCAUCCCCCCCCCCACCCCCAAAAAUAACCCGAGCCGAGGGCACGUGAGCCCCGCCGCGGGAGAGGAGCGGAGUCAGAGGCCCGACCGAGGGGCCGACGGAUGUUGCUCGGUGUGUUCGGCGUUGGAUCUGCUGCUGCCUAUGAGGACAGACCCCGUCCCCCCGUCCCCAGCACCCAUGUGGACAUGUCCCACCCUAUCGCCCUCACUCCAGCUCCACGUCCAAACCUUCCCUCGAGACGAAAGGGACCCACUCGCCCAGCGCGGCCGUGCAGGCGUAGCGGAGUGAGUCCGGCGGCCUGAUUCUCACUGUAAACACUCAAACGUUGUGUGUCCUCUUAGAUGUGAACUGGGGGGGACGGCGGGGACGGCGAUCACACAACUGCCGUUUGUUUAGCUUGUAAAAUAGUCCACAGAGGAGACUUGCACUAGAGAGAUGUUUUUUUUUCUCAUGUCACAUCCAGCUGUGAUAUAUUUUAUGGGUUUUAACGUUGACGUAGCGGCUGUGCGUCUGGCCGUGUGUCUCGCCGCCUUUUGUGUUUUUCUGACAAUCUCUUCGUCUUGUGCCAAGUAUUCUGCAUCGGAUAUAUUCCUCGUGUUUGACAACAGCUUCUGUCAUGUUUUUUGAUGGGGGGGGGGGGGCACUUCUGUGACGCUGUCAUUGCAUCACUCCUUCCUCCUCGGUUGGUGAAAUAUACAAAUGAUGCACAUAAAUAAUGCAUCAGGAAUUUAUUUAAAUUUCUCAAAGAUUCAAGCCCCGGUAAUUCUGUUGGAACAACGUAAAAUAA